AUGGAGGAGAACUAUCUGCAGCUGUUCGUGGACGAGACCUCAUUGUACAAUCGAAUCGUGUUGGGAAAUCUGUUGCCUUCGAGUUGGUGGGACCCAUUGCCGCACUUCGUCCAGACUUGGCUCCGGAACUACAUUGCCGGUUCAAUCCUUUAUCUAAUGUCCGGCUUCCUUUGGUGCUCCUACAUUUACUACCUCAAACGCAACGUUUAUCUCCCCAAAGAUGCUAUCCCUUCAAGACGAGCCAUGCUUUUGCAAAUCUAUGUUGCAAUGAAGGCAAUGCCGUGGUACUGUGCUCUUCCGACAGUUUCUGAGUACAUGGUUGAAAAUGGCUGGACGAAGUGUUUCUCAAGAAUUAUCGAUGUUGGUUGGCUUGCCUAUGUAGUGUAUCUAAUUAUUUAUCUUGUGUUUGUGGAGUUUGGGAUAUACUGGAUGCAUCGGGAGUUGCAUGACAUAAAGCCUUUGUACAAGUAUCUUCAUGCAACCCAUCACAUAUACAACAAGCAGAAUACUCUUUCUCCAUUUGCAGGUUUAGCAUUUCAUCCAUUAGACGGCAUACUCCAGGCUGUUCCACAUGUUAUAGCCCUCUUCCUAGUGCCAACCCAUUUUAUGACGCACAUAGGGCUCUUAUUUCUCGAGGCCAUAUGGACAGCAAACAUUCACGAUUGCAUCAACGGGAAACUUUGGCCUAUAAUGGGUGCAGGCUACCACACCAUUCACCACACUACAUACCGUCACAAUUACGGACAUUACACCAUAUGGAUGGAUUGGAUGCUCGGAACCCUCCGUGACCCUAUGGAUGAUGGUGCGUGUGGGAAAGAGAUGUAAUGUGUCAACGAUGUGCUUCCGUUAACGUUGAUAGGUCUUUGAGAUUUGCUUCAUUUUGUUGAUUACGCUUGCACUUUGGUUGUGCUACCUUCGUUUUUGUGGUCUUAUAGCAUGUAAAUCAUGUUGAUUAUCAGUUUUCAUUUUAUCAAUGACUAAAAGACAUUGGAAACUAAUGGAGAUGAGCUAUUUGGUUGUUGUAAAGCUUUGUUUCUGUCAUUAUUUGAUUUGCAGUAAAAAGAAUGCAUUUUUUUUUU